GUCAGAAAAUCAUUCAUAAGUAGUCAGUAUAUAGUAUUCAAAAGAAAUCCCUCCACACAGAGAAAGUACAAAGGAAAAUAAAAGGACAAAGUGGGGGGUUUUGGUUUUGGAAGAAAAAAAUAUUUAAGACAAGUUUUAAGGAAGAUUGCAAAAUUAAUUCUUCCCUAUCUCCUCAUCCACCUCUUCCUCCUCCUCUUUAACACCUCUAUAUCUCAUUCUUCUUCUGUACAGGAAAUGGACUAUGUGUUAGGGGCUCUGAAAAGCAGUUUUAUGCCUGAGACACAGUUGAAAAUGACCCAAAACAUGGGUUAUGGGGAUGAGUUUUCUGCUGCCGGCGCCGGUCAAAAUGGUGUCUCCGGCGACGACUUCUUUGUUGAUGGUCUGCUUGACCUCUCCAAUGGCUUUGCUGAAGGCGAAGGAGAAGAAGAAGAAGAAGAAGAAGAAAAACAACAAGGGGGAGAAGAUAACUCUGUUCACAAACUUUGCCCUGUUUCGCCUCAGAAAAAACCAGAAGCUGUUGACACCAUUUCUGUUCCCGUUAAAGAAGAUUUUGCUUCUCUUCCUGUUAGUGAAAUCAGUGUUCCUGAGGAUGACUUGGAUAGCCUUGAAUGGCUGUCUCAUUUUGUUGAAGACUCAUUUUCUGGCUACUCAAAUGCUUAUCCCGCCGGAAAAUUGCCGGUCGAGAAACAGUCUGGCGUCGGAGAAAACCCGGUUCAAGAGAAGUGUUUUGAGACUCCGGUUCAGACCAAGGCUAGAACCAAGCGUGGGAGGACAAGCGUCCGAGUUUGGCCAUCCGGUUCAGGUUCAUUGACCGAGUCAUCUUCUUCUUCAACUUCGUCUUCCUCCACCACAACCAUGUCGUCAUCUCCUACUGCUGCUUGGGUCCUUUAUCCGACUCCGGUAUAUUCCGCCGAGUCACCAGGUAAACGGCUUACUAAGAAACUGAAGAAGAAACCGGCGGUUCAUGGUGGAAGUGUACCUCAGCAGCCACGGCGGUGCAGCCAUUGUGGGGUUCAGAAAACCCCACAGUGGCGAGCCGGUCCAAUGGGUGCAAAAACGCUUUGUAACGCUUGUGGGGUCCGGUUCAAGUCCGGUCGGCUUCUACCGGAGUACCGUCCGGCAUGCAGCCCGACUUUUUCCAGCGAGUUGCACUCGAACAAUCACCGGAAAGUUUUGGAGAUGCGGAGGAAGAAGGAAUCAGAGGAAAGCGGUUUAGCUCAGCCGGUUCAGAUUUUUUGAAGACAUUUUAAUUAAUUUUUACCUAAAAGAUGGUGUGCUUGCAGUGUAGGGAAUUUUAUUUUUAGUUAGGAAAGGAAGGAAUUUUAGAUGAAAAAAGUUGAACCGGAGUUAAGGUAACAGAGGGUAAAAAACAGAGCCGGUUUAGUAAGAGAGUUAGGCCCGGUUUUAGAUUGUACAUUCCUAACAUGGACCCAUGAUUUGGUGAAGGUAGGUUUCAAAGUUUAGUGUAACGGACGAGUAGUCUUUAAUGUACUUUCCCAGAUAAAAUUCCCAGAAAAAAAAGUAGUAGUAAAAGAAAAGGCUCUUCUUAUUUUUUUUUGUUCUAAAAAAAAAAGAGAAAAAGCUUCUUAUUGCA